CGCAAAGAGAAGAGUGUAGCAGAUCGGCGAAAAUGACAACGAGAUUCAAGAAGAACAGGAAGAAGAGAGGUCACGUCAGCGCCGGACAUGGUCGUAUCGGUAAGCACCGUAAGCAUCCCGGAGGUCGUGGUAACGCCGGAGGUAUGCAUCACCACAGGAUCCUCUUCGACAAGUACCAUCCAGGUUACUUUGGUAAAGUUGGUAUGAGGUAUUUCCACAAGCUGAGGAACAAGUUCUUCUGCCCAAUCGUUAACCUCGACAAGCUUUGGUCACUCGUCCCUGAAGAUGUGAAGGCGAAAUCAACCAAAGAUAAUGUUCCUUUGAUCGAUGUGACGCAACAUGGUUUCUUCAAGGUUUUGGGGAAAGGUCAUUUGCCUGAGAACAAGCCGUUCGUUGUGAAGGCGAAGCUUAUCUCGAAGACUGCUGAGAAGAAGAUUAAGGAAGCUGGUGGUGCUGUUGUGCUUACUGCCUAAGUUAGGAUCUUUAACUUGUUGUGAUUGUUUCUUCCAUACAUAUGCAUUGUUUUUGUUGAAUUUUUAAUUGGAUUUUCGAAAUGGUCACUAAAUAUUUUUCACCAUCAUCUUUCCAUUUAUCAAGUUCGAAUGAUAAUGGUGAUGCAGGAUUUUAUUAGUUUUAUGUAUAGUCGAAAUAAUUAGAAUGUGAUUUU